AAUUUUAGUACUAAAAAUUAAAAUAUGACCGUCUGGUAAACUCGUGGUCACGGCCGUGCUAGCAAUCAUUUACCAAAAUGAACCCACUGUGGUUGGUUGUUUUUCUUACAGUAAGCGUUUCAGCGGAAUAUGAAAACAGUUCGCUCCCUGAAGAUAGAAUAGUUGGGGGUGUUCCUAUCAACAUUGAAGAUGCUCCUUAUCAAGUGGGUGUUUAUUAUUACAAUGAUAUCAUUUUCUGUGGCGGUUCUAUCAUUACUAGAUAUCAUGUUCUUACCGCUGCUCAUUGCACUUACGACCAAAAGUCUGUCCAAUUUAAACCUAGUAGUUUACGCAUCCGUGCUGGUAGUCCAUAUGCUUUUGGGCUAGGUGAGGUGCACAAAGUGGCAAAAAUCGUUCCGCAUCCUUACUAUGACUCUCGAACGAUGAAUAACGACAUUGCCAUUUUCAAAUUUGAGAUUGGUUUAACUUUUGGGCCAAAUAUUGCGGCAAUUCGUCUUCCAUCUCUUGAUUUUGUGGUGAAAACGAACCAAGAUGUUCGUGUGAGUGGUUGGGGGCUACUUAGAGAAGAGAGUAUAAAACCCACUCAGUUACAAGCUGUUACCGUUCAAGUUAUCAGCAGAACAGACUGCGAAGCUGUAUAUUCUAUCUCCAGCAGUAUGUUUUGUGCUGGUGUGCCAAAAGGAUACAAGGAUGCUUGUCACGGCGAUUCUGGUGGUCCUGCUGUUAUAAAUAAUAUCCUUGCUGGUGUUGUUUCCUGGGGCAUUGGAUGUGCUAGACCCUCUCAACCUGGAGUUUAUACUGACGUUGUGUCACAUCUAGGCUUCAUCUAUCAUGGACUACAUUCAUAACCAAAACCCGUUAGGUUCUUACUUUUCGUAAAUACAAAAUAAAUUCUUUUGCCCUCUUAA